CUUCUUUGUUUCUCUCUCCUCUCUUAUGUCUCCUACCUUGAGACGAGAUUUUCUUCCUUAUGGGUCGGAUUUCAUUUUGCUUACUCAAACAUUAAGUUCUCCAAAUUUUCUUUAACGCUACAAUUUAGUUUACUGUACUUCUCUACCUGCUGCCUGCUACUUUGCUGAAGUCUAGGUAUUGGAAUCAUUCAUUUGGCGUUCGAGGUCUGAUUCCGAAUUGAUGAAAAAUCUUUAUAGGUCAAUAGACUGUAGUCUGUACCCUGGAAAGAGCAAAUUUAAGAGUAUAGGGAUGCAGAAGAGUGCCACCAACCGUCAGGUAUCGUCAAUUGGGUCUAUGCCUUGGUGGGUAUCUGCAGGAUCACAAGAGGAGCAUAUUGAUUCAACUAAUCUCAAUCAAUUCGAUUGGGUUGGUGAGCACCAAAAAUCUCAGCACAUUAUGAGUGGAAUACCAGAGAAAGAAAAAGAAGCUGCUUUCCAUCUUGCUUUUUGUGCUGGGGAUAACAAAAACUCUUCGAAAGAAAACAAUGUUCGUGAUAAUCAAACAAACAGUUUCCAACAGUCCUCCCUUCCCCAAGAAAAGAGCUAUUUUGAGCUUGGUCUUGGUCAGCCAAUGGUCUAUGGAAAUUAUCCUCUUGCUGAUCAAUGCCAUGGAUUAUUCGCAGUUUACGGGACUCAGCCUACGGGACGUGUCAUGCUGCCAUUCAGUGUGACAACUGAAGAUGGACCUAUAUAUGUGAAUCCGAAACAAUAUCAUGGAAUUUUACGCCGCCGAAAAAUGAGAGCAAAGGAAGGGAUGAAGAGCCGGUCAGCCAAAGAUAAGCCAUAUAUCCAUGAAUCACGUCACCGCCAUGCCUGUCGUCGCGCAAGGGGUGCUGGUGGACGCUUCCUCAACAUCAAGAAUCUUGAAAAUGAGAAGAAUAAGCAGGAAACAGAGAGGACAUCUGAUCAAUUGACCUUUCCUUCCUCACAGUCAUCAAGCUCUGAAGUUGUUCAGUCAGAAGGUGGACACAUGAACUCCUCAAAGGAAGUCUCUGAUUCUAAGAGCUCAAUUUUGUCAGGAUCGGAAGUUACGAGCAUGUAUUACAGCAAAGAGUUCGAUUGCUUCGGUCUCAAUCCUAGCCGUCCAUUUGCUUUCCACCCUUUACCAAGUAUGGAAGGAAACAGGCAGGGCGGUAACUGGGUUACAACACCUGAUGGCUGUUGCAACCUCUUUAAAGUUUGAGAAAGAAAAAGGAUACUAAAACGGAUGGUUGCUUUAACUGUGGAACACUUUUCUAGAUUAGCAAUCAUUCUGCCCCUUAAGCCGUUACAGAGGAGUUAAAGGAGCUCCUUGACAACGGUCACUCUCUCGAUAUUUACCAUUUGGUUGUGUUAUCAGAUGGCAAGUCAUCCUUUGGCUAUUCGGAGGUCUGUAAUUGUUGCUCAGUUUGAACUCUAGAGCUGUCUCGCUCUUGAGUGGUUGCAGUGACAAGAGGCCUUUUUGUAUUAUAGUAAGAAGCUUUCAUCCUAAGGGGUCUUAUUUGCUCGACUAAAAGUCAGUAAAUGAGGUUUGCUCGUUGACUAAACUUUAAUGCCUACUUAUGCUUGUAUUGUGGUCUGGACUGCUGUGUGUAUAUGCUACUUUGAAUUUGUAAUAUAUGUUUUCAUUGGGUUUCUCAAAUAA